ACAUGGCGGAUGGCUCAACAGAGCUUGACGUAAAUCUAGAAGUACUGUUCUCAAUUUCAGAGCAAGAGUCGUCCGCAGCCUGUUACCAGCCGGAUGAACAUUCAGAGAAAGGAAAUCGACCAAAAGCUGUGGACUUCAAGCUAACUUCAGAGAAUUGUUUCUUGUGUGAACUUGAGCAUAAUAGUCCAGAAUUUGGACCUUACUGCGCUGUUUGUCACGACUUCUUGUAUCCAAAUGCACCACUUGUGCUCGGAACAGAAACUGAGGACUCACAUUUAGCAGCUUCUUGCGAAAGUGUAUCAUCACAAUCUGCAACAUGUGAUAGUAGUGAAACAAUAAUCAGUUCCGGAGGAAGCACAGAAUCGGAAGAUCCUGAGGAUAGUGGGUGCGAAAGUGAAAACGAAACGAAACUGUCACCGGAAAACAGCGAACGUCCUUUAAACCCUUCCUCGAUGUCACUAAGUAAACUACCAUAUUUAUCACUUUAUGAACAUAUUAGACCACAGAACUUCAUCGCAGAGCGGCUUGCGAAUGAGCUGAGCUUUGUCGAGGAAGAUUUGUUUGGAAAGUUACCACCAGAAAUGCUGCUGAUAAUAUUUUCCUUUUUGGAUGAUAUAUCUUUAUGUAUGGUGGGGCAAGUCUGUCAAUGGUGGCAGGAACUGGCUGGAGAACAUAAUGAAUGGGAGAAACAUGUUCGCACCAGAUGGCCAUUGUUGCCAUGUGACAAACAGAGUUCUGUCAAAUCCUGGCAGAAACUCUACAUGAAGCUGUUACAAAGUGUUGCUUGUAGAAGGUGUUUUGAACAGGGAUGUGUUCAGCAUUCUCCAGAAGAUAACCUCAUAAACUCAUGGAGGAAUAAAAGGUUGAAAAGUGAACUGAGAGGAAUUCUUAUGGAUCCUCCAGAGGGCAUCAGGGCACGCCCAUUAGACAACAGUUUAUCAUAUUGGCAAGCAUCAAUAAAGGGUCCACCUAACUGUCCUUAUGAAGGAGGCCUUUUCUUCCUUCACUUGGAAAUACCAAAGAGUUAUCCAAUGAGGCCACCAAUUCCCAGAUUCAUCACAAAAAUUUUUCAUCCAAACAUUAGUUACCAUGGUGACAUAGGAGUGGAUAUGCUUGGACAAAACUGGAGUCUUGCAUUGACUAUUCCAAAGGUCCUAGUCAGUAUACAGUCUCUCCUGACAGAUCCUAAUUGUCAUAUAUGCAUGGAGUCUGACAUUGCUCAGUUAUAUGAGAAUGACAGAGAACAAUUUGAUAGAGUAGCAAGGGAAUGGACCAUCAAAUAUGCACAGCUGCAUAUGUAAGGAGAAAUUCUGGUUAUAUGGGAGUUAAAGCGUUAAAAGACAACAAUGCUCAGAUCUGUUGAGGAUUUGUUUUACCAAAUGAAUUUUACUGAGGAGAGAGUAAGUAAACAUUUCAAGGUUGGCUUUUACAAAGCAAUAAGUGCUUUUUGUGUAGUAUUUCCAAAAUAAGUCACUACAAUUUAUUUUCUCACCCCAAUUUUGGACAUAAAUUCAAACUGGUUGGAUUUUAAGAGACCUUUUGAAGCUACAGAAUUCUCAUAGAGAGAAUUGUCCAUGUCACUUUAAGCUUAGUGUCACAUUGACCUGUCCUAGUUUCAGGUUUCAACCUCUUGGAACACAGUAUUCUCUGACUUACAGUCAAGUGUUUUAAAUUUUUAAAAUUCUUUUUAUGGAAAUUAAUUUGGACAGCCUUGUUUUUAAUCAAAGUUACAUUCAGUUUGAUGCACUGUAUUUAAAUGGGAAAUACUACAAAAAAAAUGUGCUUAGCGCAAGACUUUUUACUCUCUGUCUGCUAAAAAUUAAACAGAAUACUAUUUGCUAUAACAAUAAUGCUAUUUAAUCAUCUUCCUCAAAAUCAGACAGCAAAUUCUCCCAUCAUACAAGCAUACAUUCUAUGAAAGGCUGCUUGAAAAGAACUGGUAUGAGGGAAAUAUCCUUGGGAUUGUAUCUCCUCACAAGUAUUAUAAAAUUGUGACAAUACUUUGUGAAAUUAUCACUCCGAGAGUGAAAGAGUUAAAUAGGGUGGUUUCUGUUGCAUUGAAGUCAGUCAAAAAGUGAGAUUUGAUUUUCUUAUUUAAAAGAAAGGGGAAACAUAUUUUAAUAAACAUUAGUUGAUAAUCAUACAUACAAAAGUACUUUAAAAGCAGUAACUCCAACAUUGCUUAUUGGAUUGGAGGCUGUAGACAGCCAUUUAGGUGUGUAGCACUGAUCUGGCUAUAAACAAGCUUGAGCUGAAUGAUUUUUCACUAAAUGCAAUCAAAAUUUUAUUGAACUUUGGUGCAUAUGAUACAGACUAAAGCAACCUGUGGUUCAGUAUAUAUAUAAUAAAUUGUUGUCAGGGAUCCUUUACAGAAGUGGCUAAGGUACUUAAACCUGUGUAACUACUUUGCCUAAUUACUGUAUCCAGCUUUUUGUUUAAUAACCUUAGAGCAGGUCUUUAUAAGGGCUGUGACUCGAGUGUUUCUUUGCAGGCAGAGAAACUCUCACACAGCUGCAAUCAUAUUGAGGAACCUUGUAGCUCUGUAAGGUUUUCCUCUUUCUUUACCACCAGUAUAUAUUUAUUGAAGACAAGGUAGGAAAAGAGAGAAAGGAUUCAAUUGACAUUGUAAUACUAAAUAUCUUUUCACAAAAUAAUACAUCUAUCCCUAA